AUGCGGGUCUUGGAGUCAUGCGCUGGAGUCGCGCCACCAGCGCGAUUCGUCUCCGAAGCGCUGCAGCUCCCCAUGGUACCUGCGCGGCGUUUCCCGCUAGGCGGCCCGCCGUCGCUCUUCGUCGCGACGCGUCGGAUCCAACUCUGCGAUUUCGGCACGUCGGCCGGCCACGUGCCACGUGGAUCCGUCUCGCUGCAGCCGCUGCUAAAGAAUCGCGGGAGACGCAUAGUCUCCGUUAGACGCGUAGCCGCCAAGAGUAACGGCGGGUUUGCUGCCGCGUCCGCCGCCGCAGGUGGUGGCGCAGAUGGGAGGGGCGAAACAACGGGGGAUGUGGAGGACUGCGCAGGUGACGCGACUAGAAAGGAGCGUUCGGAAACGGGGGAUGCGCGGAAAAUUGCGGAGGGGGAUGGCGGGGAAAUUGCGGAGGAGGUCGGAGAGCGCAUGGCAGGGGGCGGGGGGGAGGUGAGGCUCGGGGGAGAAGGAGCGGAUGUGACGGGGGAAGCAGGGGAGGAAUUUUCGGGCGGUCUUUUCGGUGGCGGUUUUGGAAUGCAUUUGCCAUGGGAUUCACCACCUGGCACAGGAGACCCCUCCAACCCAUCGCCCUUCCAAUUCCCCUCCGCCUUCCCUCCGCAAGCCUCCUCGGAGUUCCUGGACCAGCUUCCCGCGCAAGACAGGGCCCUGCUCUUUUCCUCCUCUCCGCCGUCUCCCUCCUCCUCCUCCUCUCUUCCCUCCACCGGUUUCUCCUCUCCUUUUGCUUUGUAUAGCCAAUCCUAUUAUCCGGAUGACGAUACUGCCGAGCCUCUGUCGGACCUGGCGGCGAGGCUCGGGCUGGAUCACCCGAGCCACGAGCGUGAGCAUGCUGUGAGUGCCAUAUACGAACAAAUUGAGAGAAGGCCGGAAGUGGCAUCUGAACUGCUCUCUCUCAUGCUAAGCUCAUCCCCCUCUUCCACCACUGCUGCUGCUGCUGCUGCUGCUGCUGCUGCUGACUCCUCCCCCUCCUCCUCCGUCUCCCACGCGUCUCUCCCUCUCAUAGCCCUGCUUGGCAAUCUUCUACACACUAGCGCCUCUCAGUGGCACAGUGACCUUCAACGCACACCAGCAACCGCUUCUGCUGCUGCUGCUGGUGCCGGUGCUGGUGGUGCUGGUGGUGCUGGUGGUGCCGGUGCUGGUGCGGCUGCUUCUGCUUGGUGGAUGGAAGGGAUGGAGGAACAAGCACAGGAGGAGAGGAGGGGUUCUAAGGAAUCUGAAGAAGGUAUGUUUGAGGAAGCAGGGACUACAGAUUUCGGUAUCACAGACGCUCAAGUGAGAGAGCUAGAGGCAUUGCUACAGGCAGCAGCAACACCUGAACAAAUACAACAAUCGGAAUCUCAAUCAGAGCUCCCACGCUUGCCACGAGAGAGUGUGAUGAGAGCAGCAGUAGGUGUUCUCGCAGCACUGGCAGGAGCAUCAGCAGAGGGGCUACAGGCAGUGGUGCGAGGAGGAGCAGUGGAAGAAGCAGCAUCGCUGCUCUCCCUCCCACGCCUCCCCCAAUCCGUUCGGUCCGAAACCCUCCCUCUCAUCUCCUCUGCUGCCUCCCUCCAUUCCCUCCGCCCCAAGCUCGCCUCCAUGAACCUCCUCCCACCGCUCCUAACCGCUCUCUACGACCCAGACGCCUCCGAUCCAGAGCUAGAGCACAUUCUAUCAACCCUCUGCUUGAUGGUAGAGGACCGGGUAUGCUGGCCCUCUCUUAUCGACCACCAAGCCGUGCCCCGAAUGGCUGCGUUUCUCGCAGCGAUCGACGCUGGCAACGGCACGGCGCCCCGGCACUCCCUGCGCCGCCUCCGCUCCUCCCUCCUCUCCCUCGCUCCGGACCCCUUCUUCCGCUCCUGCCUUCUCGAAAACGACUUAUGUCUGGUCCCGCUGGUGGGAGCUGAUGCGUAUCGGUCUCUUGCUAGUGAAGGGGAGACGGUGAAGGUUACGCGAGUGCCGCCGUCGCUACCCCCCCGGCUUGCUGCUGCGGCUGGGGAUGUGCUGAAGGGAGCUCCUGUGGAGAGUACGUUUGGUGCUGGGAAGCUGUUGCUGGGACUGGCGUUGGGGGGCAAUGGUGGAGGGUCGGGGGAGGGGGGAGAAGGGAAGGGAGGGGGGGUGGGGCUGGGUGGAGAGGGGUUGGAUGAGGAGGCGAUUAGGGAGCUUGAGGGACGAACGAGGCAGCAGUUCCUGGCUCGGAUUGGGUUGCUGGAGAAGGAGAGGAAGAGUAGGGAGGACAAGGAGAAGUGGGAGAAGGAAAAGGAGGAGGAUGAAAAGGCGAGGGUAAAUGUGGAAAGGGAGAAGGAGAGGGAGGAAAGGGAGAAGAAGGAGGAGGAGGAUGAAAAGGAGAAGGAGACGGAGGAGGAAAAGGAGGAACAAGCAGAAGAAGAUCCAGCCUGGUCCAGUAAGAGUUACACGCUCAUGUCCCGGUGGGACGGCGUGGCGCGUCUCGUUCUCCUCAUGACUCUCGAGAACGAGCAGGUUGCAGUGCGCGCACUGUCAGCAGCAGCAGAGCUGGCGAGGGCGGGCGAGGACAACAGGCGCGCACUGAGGGAUGCGGGAGCUGUGGUGCACGCAGUGCGGUGGAUGGGCGCCGGUGGUGCCGCUGUCAGGGCUGCUGCUGUUGCGGCGGUGGAGAGGUUUAGUGUCAGGCGCGCACUGAGGGAUGCGGGAGCUGUGGUGCACGCGGUGCGGUGGAUGGGCGCCGGCGGUGCCGCUGUCAGGGCUGCUGCUAUCGCCGCUGUGGAGAGGCUGAGCGUCAGUGCAAGUGUGCGCCUGUCUAUCAUCCGCAGUGGGGGGGUAGGCGCGCUGGUGGCGCUGCUGGCAUCACAGGGGGGCGACAGGGACGUGCGGGACAAGGUGGUUUCCGCUCUCCUGCGUAUGGUGUCAGAUGAAGAAGCAGCUGCCAAAAUGGCAUCCGCCAUACCAUCGUUCAUAACUCUGUUAAGGGAAGAGAACGCACAGACUAGCGGAGAGGGCGUAAAGGCGGGAGAAGCAGCUACAGUAGCAACACCGCCGCCACAAACAGCAGCAGUAGAAGCAGCCAGCGACCCGGCAGCGACUUUUGAGGCGCGUCAAAAGCCAGCAGCUACGGUAGCAACACCACCGCCACCACCACCGCCGCCACAAGCAGCAGCAGCAGAAACAGCCAGCGACCCAGCAGCGAGAGCAGACGGGAGGGCAGCAGCAGAGUCACUCCUCCUCCAAAUCUCAUCCCUGGUGGGCAUGCCGUGUGAGAGCAUCGUGGCAGCAGGGGGCGUGCCUCCCCUUGUCGCCCUCCUCGCCACAGGGACUCUCAAAGAGCGUGCUAUUGCCGCGGAGAUUCUGGGGAAUGUGAUUGCAGACCGAUCCGCGCUGAAGUGGUCUGAUCCUGAUGCUGCUGCUGCUGAUGUUGAUGAUGGUGGUGGUGUUGGUGGUGGGGGGGGAGGGGAAGCGCAUGUGGUGGCGCUGAUGGCGGCUGGAGUGGUGGCGGCUUUAGAGAGUGUGCUGUUGCUGGCGGAACCGAAAGACCCAGACCCCAUCCGAGCACUAUCCUCCGCGUCAGCCUCCUCUCCUCUCUCAGCAGAGGCCGAAUCAGACCUCUGGGCAGCACAGGCAGCAGCAGCUCUCCUCGCUCGCCGCCUUGCCUCCACAGCAGGAGGCUCAGCCCGUUCCGUGCUCGCCGAUUCCCGCCUCGUUGACUGCCUCAAAAUCGUUCUCCAGUCCUCUGCACCGCUCCAGGUGAAGGACAAGGUGUCCGAGGCUCUUCUGGUGAUCACUGACGUUGCUGCUGAUGCUGAAAUCGCAGUUACCACCUUUGAUUUGAUUCCACAUCUGGUGGAAGACCUGGGGGGGGGAGGAGAGGGUGGAGGGCAGGGGGAGGGAGGAGGAGCGUGGGGAGGGGAGGAAGAGGAGGGAGUGGUGGGAGAGGAGGUGUGGAGUGGAAUGGAGAUUCAUCCAACGCUGCUUCCUCUCCCGGGAGGGACUCUCUCCCCGCCACCGCCGCCGCCGCUGCUUCGAUCCAGUGCCUUGCUACCCCAGGCAGAGAGGAGGGAGAGAGCGGCGGUGCGAUUACUUGAUCUGGCUCUUACGGGUAACCCCGGGUAUCUCCAGGCUAUGGCGCGGGCGGGCGCCAUUUUCCCUUUGGUGGAAAUUCUACGGCAGAAACCCAGUGUCAGCAGCAGCAGCAGGGAGAGCAGGGGGAGCAGGAUGGGGAGGCCAUCGGUGGCGUGUCAGCGUGCUGCGCUGGGAGUGCUGUAUGCGUUGGGAAGCAACGAGGAGAAUCAUGCGGUGAUGGUGGGAGCAGGGAUAGAGGAGGUGCUGGAAGGGAUUGUGAGGCGAGGGGAGGAGGGUGGGCGGUUUGGAGAUGGCAGGUGGAUGCUGGCCUUAUACCUGCUGCAGGGGCUGUGGGUGUGA